CCACACAGAACACACCGAGCGCCCAUCUCUAUUGCGUUUCGAAUAUUCCAUUUAUACGCACGGACACGAGAGAUCCGUUCCGAGCAGCCAAACACUUCCAAAUUGUUGCACAAAAUUAUAAGUGAACGUUCAGCGCGCUUCCCUCCGCCCACACGGGGACCUCGACCGUUCGGUGGUGCCCAGAAGAACCGUAAAAGUGUAGUGAAUCGCGAAGUUUUCCCAAUGAAGCACUGAAAUCGGAACGACCAACCGACAGCAACAACAACGCAACAGAAAAGAACGGAUAAAGAAAACAUACAGCAAAAUGAUAGAACCGCCGAAAUUCAUUGAGAAUGAUUGCUACAACGGCAGCCGAACCUUCACAUGGCUGGCGGAUAUGGUGGGGCUCUCCGUGGACUUGGUAAACUUCUUAAUCUGCCAAAUAUCGGCUCUCUUCCUCGCCUCGCUCUUCCGGUCCAUGCUGCAUCCUUCGAAGGUGUCCAGUAAGUUGCGUCACACGUUCGCCCUCUCGAUUGGCCUGGCCUUUGGCUACUUUUGCUUUGGUAAACAGGCAAUCCACAUUGCCGGACUUCCGGCAAUAUGUUACAUCGUCAUCCGUACCCAGGAUCCGCGCAUCGUGCAAAGAGCCGUCCUGCUGGUCGCCAUGAGCUAUCUCCUGGGCGUGCAUCUAAUGCGCCAACUCUACGACUAUGGAUCCUAUGCCCUGGACAUUACCGGGCCCCUAAUGAUCAUCACCCAGAAGGUGACCAGUCUGGCAUUCAGCAUUCACGAUGGAUUCGUGCGGCGGGAUGAGGAACUGACCAAGGCCCAGCAAUACCAUGCGAUUCGCAAAAUGCCCUCGGCCUUGGAGUACUUCUCCUACGUCUGGCACUUCCAGAGCAUUCUAGCCGGUCCACUGGUCUUUUACAAAGACUACAUCGAGUUCGUGGAGGGCUACAAUUUAUUGAGCAGUCCGUCGGGCAACGGUAAUCUAGACAGCAGUAAGAGAGAAGUAGUGUUGGAGCCUUCACCUACUAAAGCGGUGAUACGCAAAGUGGUUGGCAGUGUGGUGUGCGCUUUCAUAUUCAUGAAGUUUGUGAAAAUGUAUCCAGUGAAAGACAUGAAGGAGGAUGACUUCCUAAACAACACCAGCAUGAUCUACAAGUACUGGUACGCCAUGAUGGCGACCACCUGCAUACGCUUUAAGUAUUAUCACGCUUGGCUCCUAGCGGAUGCCAUUUGCAACAACUCAGGCCUAGGUUUCACUGGCUACGAUAAGGAUGGCAAUCCCAAGUGGGACCUGAUAUCCAACAUAAAUGUGCUGUCGUUUGAGUUUUCGACGAACAUGCGCGAUGCCAUCAACAACUGGAACUGCGGCACCAAUCGCUGGCUACGAACGCUUGUCUAUGAGCGGGUGCCUAAGCAGUACGGGACGCUCCUCACCUUCGCCCUCAGCGCCGUCUGGCACGGCUUUUAUCCGGGCUACUACCUUACCUUUGCCACCGGCGCCGUCGUUGUGACGGCUGCGCGCACCGGCCGGCGACUUUUCCGUCAUCGCUUCCAGAGCACCCAGGUCACGCGAAUGUUCUACGACAUCCUCACCUGUCUGAUCACACGCGUCGUACUGGGCUACGCCACAUUCCCAUUCGUUCUGCUUGAAUUUAUGGGCAGCAUCAAAUUGUACCUGAGAUUUUUUUUGUGCCUUCACAUCAUUUCACUAGUGACCAUAUUUAUUUUACCCAAGUUUAUACGCGGCGAACGCCGGGUUCGCUCGUCGAAUAACAGCGAAAGCUUGAAACUGUCGGCCGGCAAGGAUGCGGCGGCGACAAUGACCAGUGGGGUGCCGUCCACUGCAGCCGCCUUAACCGCUGGAAAUGAUCUCAACGAGGAUGGGGAGGAGGAUAAGCACGCUCAAUGUAAAGUCAACACGACAACACACCUGCAGCCAGCUGCUGCACUACACAACACGACCGAACAACAGCAAACCGAGCAACCGAGCAAUGUAAACCCCCGAUCCCGCCCACAGCUACAGCAAGAAAAGAAACAAAUGUCCAGGUGCGCCAGGGACGCCGUUAGCGUGCCCCAUGACCAGUGUGAGAUGGACCAGCUGUCCAGCAAACUGAAGGAGAAGAUCGAGGCGGAGACCAAAAACAUUGAGGAAUUUAUCGAUAAGACUGUAACUGAGACCGUCAGCGGCAUUGUGGAGUUUAAGAACGAUCUGAUGCGGGACAUCGAGUUUCCCAAGCUGAAGCUGCCCGGCAGCAACGGCACCGGUCCCUUGGAGUCCUCGACUGGUGGCGGUCUCCGAAAACGCAACAUAUCCUUUGUCCAUGACAAUGGCACAGAUCCUAACAAUGCUCCAUCUGACCUCCAUCCUUCCCUAGAGGAGAACGGCGCCGCCUUCCUGAAGAAGGAGAUCGAGGUGAUCAACGCGGUGGUACAGCAAGCAGUGCCGGCAGUGCUUAGCAAUGGUCAUGCAAAAUAGUGGCAUCGACCAGCAAGUGUGAGGAGACGGAACAAAACAACGAUGUCAAAGGUGCCACGACAGGGAUUGGAAGCGGUAAGGGGCAAAAAGGGGUGCUGUAUAUCUGAUUGAUUUAUUGACAGAUAAACUAAACUGAGAGAUUUAUACAACACGCACACGAUAUUCGCACAGUACACACACGCUCACACACAAUAUGCAGACACUUUUUGUUUUCACUUUGAACGGAGUGUUUUUAGUUGUUAGUCCUGAAGUACACAAAUUGUUUACACUAAACUAAGUGUCAAAGGCGGCGGAUUAGCCAAAUAAUAAAUAAAAUGUACUUUUAUAUUCAGUAUAUUUAUCAGCAGCCAAAACCUAUUUUCAAAUUUACUAAAUGUGCACCAAAACUCUAAUUGUUGUUAAAAAGAAACCUAUGUACGUUUGUAGAGGUUUGUUUGUUGAGAUCCCACAGUCUUAGGCGAAUAGUGUGUUUCAAAGCUAAUUUUUACUCAUGUUCACAGGGAUAAAACCUUGGACAAGAUCACAAAUUUGAUCCUUGAUUUAUUCAAGCAUAAAACGAGACUGCACCUUAAAUACUUAUUAACAAGUUAAUUUGACUACACUCCAGGAGAUUUGAAACGCACUGUUUGUCACAUGACUUUUAAUCGAAAACUUAUCCAUAUAAGUAUAUUAAUGUAAACCUGCAUAUGUUGAAAUAUUUACUAUAUAGUCUAUGUGCAAGAAACUAAACCAAUUUUCCAACAUCAGUACUAUUGUAGUUCAAAUCCCGCCCGAAGGAACGAUAACAAAUCAUCAGUGUAGUGUGUCAAGUAGAACCAAUGAUAUCCUCUACAAGAAAAAAAAGGAGAAAAACAGAAGUCAACCAAAUUUUAACUUUAGACUGAAGCUAUUGACAAGUAACAAGCAACAAAAAAGCAAAAAUCCAAGCAAAUCGUGUGUAGUUAAAGUUAGUUAGUAAGCCGCCAAGUUGUUUUUGAUAUUCAAUUUAAACCAAUUUUUGUACAACUGCGCGAGUGUGUCUGGAAUGUCCAGCUUGCUUCCACUUUAUAUGUAUAUUCUUCCCAACCUGGCAUUUUAGCUGGUCCACCUCUUUUUGUAAAUGUUCGUGUCCUCCACUUGUGGCUUCCUACUCCGUAGCUCUUAAGCAUGCACUUUAUAUAUAACCCUUUUUGUUUUACCCAUUAUUUUGUUAGUUCCAAUAAACGAUUUCGCCACAAAUCCUCACAUAUGAA